AGAGGGAUAUGAGAACACAAUUUGGGAGAUAAGAUCCCUUCUUCUUCUUCUUCUUCUUCGAUUGUGAGAAGCCAUAAGAAAGGGUUCGAUUGCUCUCUCUCUAUAUCUUUCAUCUUUCUCAUUUUUACACUCUCAUAGAUUGAUAGAUUCUCUUUUUUUGGGAAUCUGAUUUUGAAUUGAUUCAUAUGAUUGGGGUUUAAUGGGUGAAGUGUACUCGUGUUCGUGUGUUCUCUAAAGGUGAUUCUCUAAAGGGACUGAUUCAUACAUAUAGUGGAAAUUAUUUGGCAGUUUCAUUCCUUCUUUAAGUAAAAGUGAAAGAAUUGGGACUUAUGACAGAUGUCAGAUGGAGAGAGUUGCAGUUACUUGUAAAUUAAGAUCCUUUGUUUUGCAGUUGACAAAUUCGAUCUUGUUCUUUUUGGACCAUUAGAGAGAUGCAGGCAUCAAGAGCGAGACUCUUUAAAGAAUACAAAGAGGUUCAGCGAGAGAAAGUAGCUGAUCCAGAUAUUCAAUUGGUGUGUGACGAUACCAACAUAUUCAAAUGGACCGCUCUUAUCAAGGGACCGUCAGAGACUCCUUAUGAAGGCGGUGUUUUUCAGCUUGCUUUUGCUGUUCCUGAACCAUAUCCUUUGCAACCUCCUCAAGUACGAUUCUUGACCAAAAUAUUUCAUCCAAAUGUGCAUUUCAAGACAGGGGAAAUAUGCCUCGACAUAUUGAAGAAUGCGUGGAGUCCCGCUUGGACGCUUCAGUCCGUGUGUAGAGCUAUCAUAGCAUUGAUGGCUCAUCCUGAGCCGGACAGUCCUCUUAACUGCGACUCAGGUAAUCUUCUAAGAUCUGGGGAUGUGAGAGGGUUCAAUUCAAUGGCACGCAUGUACACACGCCUCGCCGCAAUGCCAAAGAAAGGAUGAUGAUCCUCUUGCUUUUUUCUUUGAAUUUGUAAUGCUAAUGAUUUGCGAGAGUGAAUACAUUUUUUCUUUAACAGUCCAAAUAUUCAACAUCCCGACUUUACCAAUUGCCUCAAACUAGAUAAAGAAGCAAGAGACCUUAUCAUUCAAGCAAUGGCUCGUCAUUAUUCCA